UGUCCCCGCACCGGCCGUGCCCCCCCCGAGCUCCGUGUCGGGCGGUCCCGGGGGAGCUGCCCCGAGGCGCAGUGCGGACCCCGCCCCAGUGGGAGUGGGAGGACCCCCCCUCCCCGUGCCCCGCCCCCGCCGCCUUCCCGCAGCCCCUCCCCGCAUCACCUGAAACCGCCGCGGUGUCGGGUUCGAGCUGGCGGCGCCGGGCCCCGCCGGGGGGGCCGCGGACAGUCCGGGGUGGAGACGAUGCCCCCCGGGGAGGGCGGCUCGUGGGGACACCCACGCACAUUAUCGGAGCGGUGAGCGAAGGACACGCUGCACGCUUCCCCCGGUCGUGCCUCAGUUUCCCCUGUGAACCCCCGCGAUGCUCCGCGCUAAGGGCUGGUCUCAGGAGCCGUGGGGGCACCACACCCUUCUCCCCACGCAGCCCCACAGAGGAACGCGCUCCCCUCAGCUCCCCCAAGCCGUGGUCGUGGGACACACACACAAACAGGCCUCCCCCCACCAGCUGCAAGGCCAGCCCUGGCCGCUCGUGAUUGACAGCUUUCCGCGCCCGAUGGCCACGCCGGUCCCGCAGGAGCGGCCAAUCCCCUCAGGCGGGGGUGGGAGGAGGUGGUGCUGCUCCCCCCCGCGGCCUCUCCAUCCCCCCCGCGCUGCCCAGUGUCUCUUUCGCAGGUGGCACCAUGGAGACAGGCUGUGUCACUACACCCGAGACCCAUCCUGCCAGCACCAAGUACCCACACCAUCUGGCCCUGGCAUCGUGCUGCUAAGAGGGAGUGGUGCCUGAGCCUGGGCAUGUGCUGCUGGACUAUGCCAUGUCCCCCCUUGGCCGGUGGGCAGCCUCGACCCUGUGAGGACGUGGCCAGCCCCAAGCCGGACACCAGGACGCUGGGGUGCCCAGCACCACCAUGGCCCAAGGCUGGGACACAGGGAUGACGUCGGGCAGCCGGUCGCGGAGCUCCAGCAGCGAGGCCAGCCUGGCUCCCCAUUGCCUUCUCAGCAAGCAGAGCCGCCUGCUCAAUGGGAUCACACGGGGUAGCCGCGCUGCCUCCCCCAUGGGCCGUGUCAUCCUCAUCAACGCUCCCAUUGAAGCUAGCAGCAACGAGAGCGAUAUCAUCAAUGCCAUCACAGUGGAGAAAAGUGUGGAUGGCAAGCUGGGCUUCAGUGUCCGUGGGGGCUCUGAGCAUGGGCUGGGUAUCUUUGUCAGCAAAGUGGAGGAAGGCAGUGCUGCCGAGCAAGCUGGGCUGUGUGUUGGUGACAAGAUCACAGAAGUGAACAGCGUAAGCCUUGAGAACAUCACCAUGAGCAGCGCUGUCAAGGUCCUCACCGGCAACAACCGCCUCCGCAUGGUGGUCCGGAGGAUGGGCCGUGUGCCAGGCAUCAAGUUCUCCAAGGAGAAGACAGCAUGGGUGGAUGUGGUGAACAGGCGCCUGGUGGUGGAGAAAAGUGGCUCGACGCCAUCAGAGAGUGGCUCUGAGGAUGGGUUGCGGCGCAUUGUCCACCUCUACACCACUUCUGAUGACUACUGCCUGGGCUUCAACAUUCGUGGUGGCAGAGAGUUUGGCCUCGGCAUUUACGUCUCCAAGGUGGAUCCCGGGGGUCUGGCGGAGCAGAAUGGCAUUCGGGUGGGAGACCAAGUCCUUGCAGCCAAUGGAGUCAAGUUUGAAGACAUAAGCCAUAGCAAGGCAGUGGAGGUGCUUAAGGGACAGACCCACAUCAUGCUAACCAUCAAGGAGACGGGCCGGUUCCCUGCCUACAAGGAGUUGGUGGCCGAGUACUGCUGGCUCAGUCGCUGUAAGGUGACCAAUGGACAGCUGCAGCAGCUGUCUCAGACCUCGGAAACCAGCUCCUCCAUCUCGUCCUACUCCUCGGGGCCAGCGCCGGGGACAGUGAACGGGCUGGGGACAAGCACCUCAGUGUCCCCUGCCCGCACUGUGGAUGUGGCCAUCUCCACGGAGGAUGGGCCACGGCGGGGCUGGGUGCGGGAGCGUGCCGAGCGGGCCAUGCAGACCGAGCCGGCUGCCGAAGGGCUGCCAGAGACGCGGCGCACGGUGCGGCCCCCCGAGCUGCUGCGGGACACGGCCAUCCGGGGCCAGGCCACUCGUGAGCCUCCUGGCACCCACUCGCGCCGAACCUUCACCCACUCACCCAAGACAGCACUGCUGCUGGCACUGAGCCGGCCUCGACAGCCCAUCACACGAUCCCAGAGUGACCUCACUGUUGCUGAGGAGAAGCGGAAGAAGGGGAAGCCAGAUGGACAAGGGGCAUGGGGGACAACCCCAGGGCUGCAUCGCUCCAAGACCCUCGUCAACCUCUUCUUCAAGGGAGGCCGUGCCAGUAGCCAGAGCUGGGCCCUGCCUAGCCAGGAGCCCCCCACUUCUGACCGCCGGGCACGCGCCAAGUCCCCAGGACGCCCAGAUGGGGACAGAGUAGGUGCUGUGCAGAAGUUUGUCAUCCGGAGCCUGAGGCGGGGUAAUGGGUGUGCCCAUGUGCCUGGGGGACUGUGGGACAGGCUCUGCAUGCGCCUGGCCUGGGAUUGCACGCAUCUCUCUAGCAUGGAGCAAGCUGUUGGGGUGGGGGAACGUUGGAGAAUUUGUGGUCUGUGGGAUUUGUGGUCCCUGCCUCGCUGGCCACCUUUUCUUGCUGUGUGUCCCUCCAACCCAGAGAAAGGCCGGCGUGCCAGCAUCCUGGGCCCUGCGAGCAUCACUGCCCUGCAGCCCAAUGGCAGCGACCCCGAGGCCCGGCUCCCACACAUCCAGGACACCGCUGCACGCCUCCUCAGCCCUGAUGAGGUGACAGCUGUGCUUCGCCACUGCUCCAGGUACCUGCAUGAGGGCAGCGUGGAGGAUUUAGUGCGGCCAUUGCUGGCCAUCCUGGACCGACCAGAGAAGGUCAUGCUGCUGAGGGAUGUGAGGAGUGUGGUGGCCCCCACAGACCUGGGCCGAUUUGACAGCAUGGUGAUGCCCUUGGAGCUGGAAGCUUUUGAUGCCCUAAAGAGCCGUUCAGUGCGCUCGCCUGCCCUCCGCCCAGCCCACCAUGAUGUCCCCCCCAAGAGACACCUCAUCACACCAGUGCCUGACUAUCGGGGCGGGUUCCUGCUGAAGCCGGCGGGGGCCCCAGAGCCGGAAGAAGCCGGGGGUCUACAGGCGAGCCCGGCCCGGCCGCGGGCCUCUCCCAGCCCCCGCCGGCUUCACCCCCGCACCUACACCCCGCUCCCCGAUGUGCCAGUGGAUGCCUAUGCCUGCACCAGCCGCUCCCCACCCGCCACCAGCCCGAAAUCCCCCAACUGGCUGCUGACCAAGCCCCUCCCGGCAGAGGGGCAGGGGCAUUCAGGCAGCACCUGGCGCAAGGAACCGCCUGGGAGAGCAUCCACCGAAGCUCCGGGAAAGCCCCGGCGUGCACGGCCUCCCCUUGCAGUUCUCUCUGGGGAGCCAGGGGGUGAGGCAAGGGCUGGGGCAGCCACCAAUGGCCCUGGAGAUGCUGGCAGGGAGGAAGAGGAAGAGGAGGAGUAUCGGCUGCUCACCGUCACCCUCUCCAAGCUGAAGCACUCGCUGGGGAUCAGCAUCUCUGGUGGUAUUGAGUCAAGGGCACAGCCAGUGGUGAAGAUCGAGAAGAUCUUCCCUGGAGGAGCUGCCUUCCUCAGUGGCAUCCUCAAGGCUGGGCAGGAGCUGGUGUCGGUUGAUGGGGAGAGCCUGCAGAAUAUCACCCACCAGCGGGCUGUGGACAUUAUCCGCCAGGCCUACCGCAACAAAGCCAAGGAGCCCAUGGAGCUGGUGGUGCGAGUGCCUGGAGCUCCUCUGGAGUGAUAAUGGACACUGACCCUGUUCAAGGAGCCAUCCCGUGCUCAUUCCUGCACCAAACUGUGGCCAGUCUCAGCACUGGCAGAAGGUGUGAGAGCCAGCCCCAUUUAAUGGGCACAAAGGAGAUGCCUGCAGCAGAACCCUGGUGGGGGCACCAGCAGCAACAUGUGAGAAGAGCAAGCAGCCUGUGAAUCUGCUCCGGACAUACAGACACAGGCCUGAAAAAAACAGAGCCAGGGGCUUGUUUUUAAUUGGCAUUUCUGGGUGGUACACAGUUGAGCCAGGCUCUGGGAAUGGGACACAACAAAAAUAAAGUACAAAAAUCCCCUCCCAGAGCUGGGGGCAAACAA